AUGUCGUUCAACACACUACCUAUCGAACUGGUCCAUAAGAUCCUCAGACACGCGACCGACGUACCUGGGCUCCUCGACACCUCAUACGAGGCCGCGCACUCCUCCCCUCUUAGAGCAACCGAACAGCGGAUAGAGCUCCAACAGACCUACCCAACAAGAUGCGCUCUUACCCUCGUUUCCAGGUCGUUUUGUCGUCUCGCCCAGCCGAUCCUGUACGAAGUAGUCGUGGUGUGGAACGGCGACAGAAUCGAACCGCUCCCGGACGACGAAUUUCCCUCGGACGAUGAAUUUCCCUCGGACGAUGAAUUGCCCUCGGACGAUAGAUUGCCCUCGGACGAGGAAUUGUCCUCACACGCUAAGAAAGUCGAUCUUCUCGUUACACUCCUCAGCAAAUGGGACGCUUCUGGUGAACGGCCUCUUGGGCACCACGUCAAGUUGCUUAUCUUCAGCUUCAAGUACGAUUAUUGGUAUUACCUUCGUUACACUCAAUCGUACCCCACACUCUGGGGAUUCCUUGAUGUAUGUCCCAAUCUGAUCAUGUUAAGGCUGAGUCCUGGCUCAGUGUACGACGAUCACUACCCAUACGAAGAUCGUGCAGAUAUCGAAGACGGUUUCUUCAUUACCAAUGAAUUAGGCGAAAACAUCACGCAGAAGCUUGGAAGAAGUCUACUAGAGCUGGAAUUCUCAAGGCAUAUCGAACUCGAAAGUUCUUGUCUCCUGUCAUUGCUGAAAGGGCUUCCCGCACUCAGAAUUUUCUCGACGUACGGCACGGUCUUGAACGAUUCGAGAUCAGAGAUCACCGAGGAUACAGAACAGACAGACGAUGUCUAUUUGCAAAAUCUCCACACCAUUCGCAUGGACGAACUCGAAGACUUCUCAUCCAAGCUCUAUUCAUGCGCACCUCCAGCUUUACGACACCUGGGCGUGCCCGUGUUCGACAGCAUAAAGAACGACCUAUUGUGUCCCCCUUUCUCUCCAAACACGCAACAAGACUCGUCAGCUUGGAAUUCAUGA